CUGACAGCUAACUGUGAAAACAAGUGGAGGCGAAAAUGAGGAAAAACAAAGGGAAAACCAAUACAAUUGAGAAAGAGUUUGUGUUUGAGUUCAAGGCAGGAAAACAUCACUGUGUCCUCAAAGUGCCGCUUAAGUUUCCCCUCAAAGAAAAUGUCAGUGAUCUUCAUGGCCGAAUCAUGCUGCUUCAUAGAAUCCCCUGUUUCGUGGAAACUGACUUGAAAAACAGACUCGGCAGUUUCAUUGAGAGUGAAACAUUGGCGGAUUAUGAUCGGGACGCAGAAGCAGCCCUUCAGAAACUCACUUCUGGAGAGGUCGACAUCAACAAACUUACAAACUUAUGGGCUAAAGCCUAUUCUGAGACGACACUGGAACAUGCCCGUCCCGAAGAAGCCAGCUGGGAUGAGGAUUUUGCAAGUGUCUAUCAUGAACUGAUUCACUCUCCAGCCUCCGAGACGCUUCUCAACCUGGAGCAUAAUUACUUCGUCAGUGUCUCCGAGCUCAUCAGCGAAAGAGACAUGGAGCUCAAGAAGCUUCAGGAGAGGCAGGCUGUUGAGAUGAAUAAAGUAAUGCAGGAGUUGGGAAAGACCCUGUGUGAUCAGGAUGUAAAUACUGUGGCUGCCCAACACUUCGAAGCACAGCAAGUGCUCGAGAGUAAGUGGGCCAGUGAACUGAAACAAGUCACAGGUAUCCAGAAACAAGAGUACCAGGAAUGGGUGAUGAAACUCCACCGGGACCUGCAGAACCCCAAUAACAGCACGAUAAACGAGGAGAUCAAGGUGCAACCGGGUCAGCUUGGAGAGGCUGGAGAAGCGGCAGAUCGACUCUUCGAGGAGCAGCGACAGCUGGAGGAGAGCUUCACCAUCCACUUAGGGGCUCAGCUGAAGACCAUGCACAAUCUCCGUCUGGUGCGAUCUGAUGUUCUGGACUUCUGCAAGCAUCGGCGGCACAGCAGCAGCGGGGUAAAGUUAAGACGACUGCAAACUGCACUUUCACUCUACUCCACAUCUCUCUGCGGACUAGUGCUGCUAGUCGACAACAGGGUCAACUCAUACAGCGGCAUCAAGAGAGACUUUGCAACUGUGUCUCAGGAGUGCACAGAUUUCCACUUCCCUCGAGUGGAUGAGCAGCUGGAGAUCGUCCAGCAGGUGGUGCUGUACGCACGGGCUCAGCGCAACAGCAAACAGAGAGAGCAGCCCGAGAUGCCAAGAAAUGGAGGAAAUGAAGACAAAAAUAAGAUCCUUGACAGAAAUUCCUCCAAUAUCCUCCAAGGUGAAUUCUACAUCACUCGCCACUCCAACCUGUCCGAGGUUCAUAUCGUGUUUCACCUUUGUGUGGAUGAUAAUGUACGUUCAGGGAACAUCACAGCCCGAGACCCGGCCAUCAUGGGUCUGAGGAACAUCUUGAAAGUCUGCUGCACCCAUGACAUCACCACCAUCACCAUCCCACUGCUGCUGGUACAUGACAUGUCUGAGGAGAUGACUAUUCCCUGGUGUCUGAAACGUGCUGAGCUGGUCUUCAAAUGUGUGAAAGGUUUUAUGAUGGAAAUGGCCUCGUGGGAUGGCGGAAUCUCCCGAACUGUUCAGUUUCUUGUUCCACAGAGUAUCUCAGAAGAGAUGUUUUACCAGCUGAGCAACAUGCUUCCUCAGAUCUUCAGAGUCUCCUCCACGCUCACACUAACAUCCAAACGCUAAACAAACCACAAAAAAAAAGUCAUGUAACUGGAAAUACGAAGCACACCUCAUCAAUUUAGCUUCCUAAUUUCCAGAAAAAUCAUAAGCUGUUUUGAUUGACACACCAUAAUUCUGAUGAUUCCACCGACAAAUGUUGAGGUUUUCGCUCCUGCCGCAUUAGAAACCGGUAAUGCCAACACAAGCUGUGUUGUGGUGCUGCAUUGCAGUCGACACCUUUCCUCGGCCCCCCAGGUGUCGUGUUUUCUCUCCACAGACAGCAGGUGGCGCUGUAUCCGGUGGCGUUUUACACGUAGUUUGAGGUAACCAAAGCUGCUGAUUCCAAAUGUCAAACGAAACCAUCCUUCCAAGCUUUCUAAGUGAUUUAGCAUGUGUUUGUGUAUUAGGUGCCAGUUGUAAGCCUUGGCAUGUGUGCAGUUAUAUUUGAACUGCGUAAUCUUUGGAAAGUGGGGCAUUUGAAAACCGUAUCGUGUUUUCAUUGUAAAUCAAACCUGUUUGCGUCAUGUUUUUGAACUGUGGUAACAUUGAUUAGGCCAGUAAGGAAGUUUAAAAUAAAUAAAUAAAUAAAUAAAUAAAUAAAUAUAUAUAUAUAUAUAUAUAUAUAUAUAUAUAUAUAUAUAUAUACACACACAAAAAAAAUAUUUUUUUAUGAGCAUCUACUAACAAAAUAAGCAUAUCAGCUACUUACUGUUAAGUCUUUUGUUGGGUUUUCUCCUAAUGAGGAUAUUAACAUAUGAAGUAGGGGUUAAAGCAUUUGCAUCUGUAUUAGCCUUUUGUCUGAUACUGCUGACAUGCUAAUUACGUGUUUAUUUGCUAAAUGUCAAUGCUUUGUAAAUACAGUGCUCUUCA